AUGGGAAUAAAAAAGUUAACAGAGUUGAUUGAGGAUAAUGCUCCAACAUGUUUAAAGACAAAUGAACUAAAGAAUUACUCUGGUCGUAUUGUGGCCAUUGAUGCGAGUACAAGCUUGUAUCAAUUCUUGAUAGCCAUCAAUACAGAGAUGGGUGCAUCAUUGAUGAAUGCCAAUGGUGAGACUACAAGUCAUUUACAAGGUAUGUUCUACCGUACUAUCAAGCUAGUCUCUCGUGGUAUCAAGCCUAUAUAUGUAUUUGAUGGUAAAGCACCUGUAUUGAAGAGUGGAGAGUUGGCCAAAAGAUAUGCAAGGAGAAGAGAGGCACAGGAGGCUUUGGAAGAGGCCAAUGAGACUGGAACCAAGGAGGAGGUACAAAAGUUUCAAAAGAGGACAAUCACAGCGACAAAGAAGCAGAAUGAGGAGUGUCAGAGACUGCUCAAGUUGAUGGGCGUGCCCAUUGUUCAGGCGCCCUGCGAGGCUGAGGCACAGUGUGCAGAGCUGUGCAAGGCGGGCAAGGCAUGGGCCACUGGUUCAGAGGAUAUGGAUUCUCUCACGCUGGGCACACCAGUAUUGCUGCGUAGACUCUGUAUCUCGGAGAGCAGGAAGCUGCCCAUCUUGGAGAUAGAGUUGUCGCGUGUACUGGACUCACUGGGAAUGACCAGAGACAAGUUCAUCGACCUCUGUAUCCUGCUCGGCUGCGACUACUGCGACACCAUCAAGGGUAUUGGACCCAAGAAGGGCUUUGACCUCAUCCAGAAGCAUGGCAGCAUCGAGGAAAUCAUCAAACAUCUCGACAAGACCAAAUACCCUGUACCCGAGUCCUUCCCAAUCGAAGAGGUUCGCGAGCUAUUCAAGAACCCAUUGGUCACACCAGCAGACCAGAUUCCAGAGUUCGAAUGGAAUGCACCUGAUGAAGAGGGUCUGAAGAAGUUCUUGGUGGAUGAGAUGGGAUUUGCAGAGAUUAGAGUGACUCAAGGUAUCGAGAAGUUGAAGAAGCAUAGAGAUAGUGGAGUGCAAACAAGGAUCGACACAUUCUUUGCCGUGUCAAAGAGACCUAGAGAGGAGGAGGACAAGAAUGUCAAGAAGAAGCAAAAGACCGUGGCCAAGCCAGGCAGGGCCACAACAAAGAAGCCAGCAGCAAGAGGCGGGAAGAAG